AUGGAUGAAAAAUCGGAUGCGAUGUCAACCGGGAAAGACCAAAAUGGUUUGGACCUGGCGAAUUUUAAUUUUGGAGCAUUUCAGCUAUCUGCUAACAGUAACAAUGGACAUCAUAGUUUAAUGCCGAUGGCUUCACGAAAUGUCUUUUAUGAUCAAAAUUUUUCUGCACCAAUACCAAAAACUCAAAUGACACAACAGAAUGGUGGGUAA